AUGGACAAUAGCCAGAACAGCCGACCGGCUUCCCAGCUCAUUGCUGGAUUCGGCUCACCCUCAACACCCUCCGGUGCCCGGAGUACCAUGCGCCGAUCGACAGCUAUGCGACAAUCUGGCCGUUUCACAAAAUCUCAAGCCCAGUCCCAUCUACUCAUUCAUGAUGCGGAAAAGGACGAGCUACGCGUGCAAUUGAGUGCCCUCAAAUACGAGCUCGAGAAUAUCAAGCAGGAACGCGAGUUGGAGGCUCUUCGCCAUGAAAAAGAAACUCGCGACUUACAGCUCAAAGCGGAUGCAGACUUCCGGAAGGCGCAGGCUGCCGAGUCUUCCAGUAAUCGGGCCACCCACAAGAGCGAAGAACUCGCAAAGGAAUUGAAAGAAAUCCAGGAUUAUUCUUUGAAUGACAAACUUGCGUUUGAGCGUAAGAUUAGAGGGCUUCAGGAUGAGAAUCAAACCUUGCAAGAAGAGUUUGACGACACUCAAGCCCGACUUUCUGACCAGGAACGACAAUUUCAAUACCAGAUCAACGAGUUAGAGACCGUCCGCGCUUCUCUGCAAAAGACCAUCGAAGAAUUCCAGACAGAUAUUCAUAAUUCCAGGACAUUGCAGGAAUCAACGCAACAGAAACUAUCCCAGCGUGAAGCCGAGGUCGCCGAGCUCGAAGCGGAAAAUAUUCGAUUGAAGGCUGAAGGAAACGAUGCCGAGGCGUUAAACGUAUUGAAAAGAGAACUCUCCGAGCAGGUCAAUCAUAUCCGGGAAUUAGAGUCAGCAAACCGUGACCAAACAACAGAGCUGCGUCACCUUCGGAAAGUCUCCAAGAAUAUUGAAGUGGUUGAGGAGCAAAAGAGAUCAGUGGAAAACCAGCUCCAGUUGAUGAAGGGCUUUGAAGCCGAACUCAAUACAGUUAAGAUCCAAAAGCAAAUUUUGGAAGACGAGCGACAAUCCUGGGUCAGUCUCUUGCAGGAGAUCGACCAGCCUGCAGAGCUUGACUCACCAGAUGCCAUUGUGAGGGCGCUCGUUCAAGGACGAAUUGAGAUUGCUACGCUCCUAGAUCGUCUCGGAACUGUUGAUGCCCAACUCCUUGAGAAGGACGAGGCCAUCAAGAGUCUGGAAAGUGAUAAGAUUAAUCUGCAACAGGAGUUGGAGAAGCUACGCGCUGCGAGUGCCGCUUCUGGUGGACCGGGUGCCAUGGAGGGACGGCUUCGAGCUCGUCUGGAACGCCAGCGUGCACUUGCAGUGAAGGAAGUCGAAUACUUGCGCGCCCAACUCAAGACAUUCGAUGCGGAAGAGGCCACGAUGAAUGACGAUCCCUCGCAGUUUGAUAGUCAAAAAUCAGAGCAGAUAACCCAGCUGCAACAACUUGUCGAUGAAUACCGCAGUGAGCUCCACAAAGUGCACGAAGAGCUCUCAAAGCAGGAAGCAUUGAAAGAAGAGGCAAGAGGCGUCAAGCGACCUCUUUCUCCGACCAACAGGGAAGCUGAAAGUGAGCGUAUCGCUGUGCUUAGCCGCAAGAACCGCAAGCUCCAGGAACAGCUCACCAAAUCAGACCAGGCCACGACUCUCGCUCGCCGGGAGCUGGAUGCGGCUAAGUCACAGAUCAAGUCUUUGAAGGCUCAGUCACGAACACGCGUUCUUGAACUGCGCGAUAAUCCGACAGCUCAAACCGAGCAAAUUAAGAUGACUACUCUUGCAACUCUCCAGUCUGCGAACAGAGACCUCUUAGCGCAGCUGCGUGGGGGCCAUACCGAUGUCAAAGUCAUCCCGGUUAGCACGCUGGAGAGCAUUAAGCUCGAAAUGCAAGACAUGGAGCGCACCGUCGCCGAUAAAGAGAAGCGUAUGCGCCGACUGAAGGAGAUCUGGACAGCCAAGUCCUCUGAGUUCCGGGAAGCUGUCGCCUCUCUCCUCGGCUUCAAGCUUGAUUUCUUGCCAAAUGGUAGGGUGCGAGUAACUUCCAUGUUCCACCUCUCCUCUGCAUACCGGCACGGUGACUGCGAUGCGCCUUCUGACUCUGGUCCCGGCAGCAUGGGCAACGGUGAAGAAAACUCCAUCGUUUUCGAUGGUGAGAACGGCACCAUGAAGAUAUCGGGCGGACCGAACAGCCUGUUCGCCAUGGAGCUCAAACCUCUCAUCAAAUUCUGGGUUGAAGAAAGAAAGGAUAUCCCGUGUUUCCUAGCAGCCAUGACUCUGGACUUCUAUGACAAGACUACCCGCGCUGCUAGGAUGUGA